GGAAGAGCGAGGAGCGUUUUUACUUUCGUUCUUCAUUCGUUGGUUUUCGGGAUGGAGACGGCGCUGAACGGAGACUCAGUGGAGCCCAUCACGGUGCAUGAUUUCUCGGAGAAGGUUCUGGAGCAGCUCGUUCACUUCCAUGUGAUGAAGCUGAGUGGCGGGUUCUUCCUCUGGAUCGGGUCUGAGCCGGUUCUGUCCAGUCUGGCUCUGGCCGUCAGCAGCAAACACGAUGCAAUGCCUCUGUCCACUCUGGUUCUGGGCGACCCGUCAGACACGACUCCAAGCUCUCUUGCACAGAGACUCACAAAGAAGACAAAGAAACAGGUUUUUGUAAGUUACAAUUUACCCCUGACGAACUCAAAUCUAGCGCUGCUGGUGGAGAACAGAAUCAAAAAGGAGAUGGAGCUUCAUCCUGACAAGUUUUAAACGUUUGCUGUUUUACCUUUCUUUUUGUACAUAGCUCAAUAAAUCUAAAGAAAAAAUC